AGGGGAUGGCAAAAAUUUUAAGGGGGAAAAAGUGAAAGAACCGCUAUUGUAUUGUUUAUUUUGUUUUUGUUUAUUCUGAUAAAUAUGUGACUGAAGAAUUCAAGUUUUCUCAAGAAAUUAUCUAUCAGUUGUAAUCGUUAAUCGACUCUUUUUAAACUUGUGAUUCUUUCUCCUCUUGUUUUAUAGCAUUCUAAGCUCUAGUAAUUAAUUUGAUAGAUAUGAGUAGUUUACCAAUAAUGCGGAUGUUAUUUUUUGUGAUUGACUCAAUUCUUGUUUUAUUUGUUUGAUCAUGGCCUGUUGUGCUGUUCGUUGUAUUUUAAUUACAACAUGUGUAAUUCAAUUGGUAUCUACAAUUCAAAGACAAAUUUUAGAUUUCUUGGGUUAUAUGUGGACUCCCAUCCUGGUUAAUUUUUUUCAAAUAAUCUUUGCAAUAUUAGGAAUAUUUGGAGCUUACCAAUAUAAAAUUAAGUACAUAACAUGUUAUGCUGUCUGGACUUCACUGUGGCUAGGAUGGAAUGUAUUUGUUAUAUGCGUCUAUUUUGAAGCUGGCAUUUUAACCAGGGAUACAGAAGUGUUGAAUAUGGGCACUGGAAGUCGUAGCUGGUGGCUAGUAAAUGGAGCUGGCUGUAGACCAAUUUACAAUACAUCACACGAAGAUCCAUUCUAUUUUCCAACUCCGUCCUCCGUUGAAGGAUGUGUUAUAGAAUAUUUUUAUAUUGAAGCCAUUCAGGCUGCUGUCCAGUGUUUCUUGGCAAUUCUUGGUAUAAUAUCUGCCUCCUUUACAAUUUAUGUUUUUACUAGAGAUGAUGAUUCUUGUUCAGUGAAACAGAUUAGAAACCUUCCCUACAGCAUUGAAUAUCACAAUGACACAUCAGCUCCUGACAUCAAUUCUAGCAACUGCCAACGUCCUAUGACACCCAGAAAAGUGAAGCAGCGCUCAACACGCUCAAAACGGGGCUCUAGAAGGCGAUACUAUCAGAACCCCGUCACUAAGCUCAUCAAUGCUUCCAACAACCAGAAUAAUUAUAAUGCAGAUUAUUACCCUGCACACGUGAACACUGCCUUUUCAAUGUCACAACCGCCUUCGGAAGCUGGUUCACGGCCAACUUCUGCCCUUUACCUAAAUGGCAGGCCUAGUCCAAUCUACAUGAACGAAACAGAUACUGUUAUUUAGGGAAAAUCUACCACUUAGGGAAAAAAUUUAUUUAUUGCUCAGGGAAAUUUAUUUCCAUUGAACCUAGAUGUUGUGCCAUUUGUUGCUGUGUUGAGUCUU